AAGCGAAUGCGAGAUUUUUUGGUAACGAUAUAACAAAAGUACCUAAAGAAGCAUUAACCGUUGGAGUCGGAACUGUAAUGGAUGCCGAUGAGGUCAUGAUUUUAAUUACUGGUAGUCACAAAUCGUAUGCAUUACACAAAGCCAUUGAAGAAGGAAUUAAUCAUAUGUGGACAGUAUCUGCUUUCCAGCAGCAUCCUUCUACUUUAAUUGUCUGUGAUGAGAGUGCAACUUUAGAGCUUAAAGUUAAAACAGUUAAAUAUUUCAAGGCUCUUAGCGAAGUACAUCAAAAACUCAUUGAAAUAUCUGGUUUUGAUAGAUAA